CUCUCUCGCUGGGCCAAUGAGGCGAUCCGCAGUUUAGAGACCGGCAUCGCUGGUGUGGUGGCUCCGCUGUUCCUGAGGGGAGUUCAUCAAACAUUGAGAAGAAAGACCAUCAGAUGCAAAGUGUCCUACUUACACCUACAGUCACUGCUGAGAAAAUGAAGAUGGAGACUCAGAAUCAGUGGUUUAUAUGUUCUUCACCCGAGAGCAAGAAACUAAAAGAGAGAAGUAGGCUGUAUUGAUCAGUGGUUGGUGAAGUUUCAAAACGCUGAAACAAGUUAGCAGAUGAUACACAACUUCCAAGAGGGACAGAAAGUCAAGACGGAAUUGUGGAAACUUCUCGGUCACAUUUUGGUAAUAGGAGGCAACCUCUGUUAAAUGGAAGAUAAAGGAUCCUCCGUGUAAAGUGCUUUACGCUCCAGCAAGAGCUGUCUUCAGCACCUCACCAUGUAUCUACUUUUUGUUGCUUAGACAAGCCUGGGUGUUUCUCUAGUGCUGGCAUUCCAUAUUGGAAGAAGAGAUUUUUAUACGUGAAAAAAAUGCCUUUGUUUAGUAAAUCACAGAAGAAUCCAGCAGAAAUUGUGAAAAUUUUGAAAGAAAACAUGGCGAUUUUGGAAAAACAAGACAAAAAGACAGAAAAGGCUUCAGAAGAAGUGUCAAAGUCACUGCAAGCCAUGAAGGAAAUUCUGUGUGGCACAAAUGACAAGGAACCCCCCACAGAAGCAGUGGCCCAGCUAGCCCAGGAGCUCUACCACAGUGGGCUGCUGGUGACCCUGAUCGCUGACCUGCAGCUCAUAGACUUUGAGGGGAAAAAAGAUGUGACCCAGAUAUUUAACAACAUCCUGAGAAGACAGAUUGGCACUCGGAGCCCUACGGUGGAGUACAUUAGCGCUCACCCUCACAUCCUGUUCACGCUCCUCAAAGGAUAUGAAGCCCCACAGAUUGCCUUACGUUGUGGGAUUAUGCUGAGAGAAUGCAUUCGACAUGAACCACUUGCCAAAAUCAUCCUCUUUUCUAAUCAAUUCAGAGAUUUCUUUAAGUACGUGGAGUUGUCAACAUUUGAUAUUGCUUCUGAUGCCUUUGCUACUUUUAAGGACUUACUAACCAGACACAAAGUGUUGGUGGCAGACUUCUUAGAACAAAAUUAUGACACAAUUUUCGAAGACUAUGAGAAAUUGCUUCAGUCUGAGAAUUACGUGACUAAGAGACAAUCUUUAAAGCUGCUAGGUGAGCUCAUCCUGGACCGCCACAACUUCACCAUCAUGACCAAGUACAUCAGCAAGCCGGAGAACCUGAAGCUCAUGAUGAACCUGCUGCGGGACAAAAGCCCCAACAUCCAGUUUGAAGCCUUUCAUGUCUUCAAGGUGUUUGUGGCCAGUCCUCACAAAACACAGCCUAUCGUGGAAAUUCUAUUAAAAAACCAACCCAAACUCAUUGAGUUUCUGAGCAGCUUCCAGAAGGAGAGGACAGACGACGAGCAGUUCACCGACGAGAAGAACUACCUGAUUAAACAGAUCCGCGACUUGAAGAGAACAGCCCCGUGAAGGUCAUGUCACUGCUGCCGCCACCACCGCCACAGUCAUCAACUCCUUCGUCCAAUGCUGUAGGGCUUCUUUCGUCAUGUCACAUCAUUCUGGGGAAGACUGUGGAGGUGCCAGUUUUUCUCAAUUAAUUAAUUGUUCAGGGUAGAUGGAGUAUAAACAUUUGAAUGGAAACCAUUAAUCUAGAAUAAUAUAUUCAUUCUAAUCAAGUCUGUGAUUAUUUCUAUGAAACCAGAGCCAUUAGACAUUGAUGAAAGCGAUUUUAACUUGAAGAGCUAAGCCCUCAGUCACCACAGCCACCCAAGUCACAGGCACCUGAGUCCACGGGGCAGGCUGGGAGGUACAAAUCCCUUCUGCCUGUCCACCCUCGGAUCUCUUUAGGCACAGAACACCCCAGAAGGCAGGGUUAAUGUUGUCAGUCAUCAUCAUCAUCAUCUUGGUCCCUGCCUAAUGCUGUCUGACCAAAAUAAGUGCUCCCUAACUACCUGUGGCAGCAAUGCCCUCCUCUUAGCUCAGACUCCUUGCUGCUCUGUCUCCUGAGCACACCUUUCAUUUGACACCUGCCGUGCACUGCACUCGCAGCCAUGCUGGCCUGGGAGCAGCAGAGCAGCACGAGGAGGCCCGACAAGGGCACAGAGGACGACAGCUGUGUCAACGGAGAGCAGCAAGCAGGUGCAUCCCAACCUGCAGCAGGCAGCACUCUGUGGCACCUUCCCUGGGAGCUUCCACAGGCAGGAGCCCCACGUGGGGAGGGAGGCAUCACCCGGCUGGCACACACCCUGGCUCCAGAGGGCUGCUGCAGGGGCUCUUUGGUCAACAGAGAGAGCUCACUCUUGGAAGGGGAAAUGUAUAGUGUGUGAAAAGAAUUCGCAGGUAACUGGAAAGUAUUGUUCUUCAACUAACACGUUGUCAUUCCAUAAUUGUUCAUCGAAUCAUAAGUGAAAAGGCAGGAAAACCUAAACAACCUCAGUUCCAAAUAUUCUCUUGCCCAGUGAGAUUAUUAAAGACUGAGUAGAAUUUCUUAAGGCAUUGGACCAAAAGAAACAAAGUUUUGAAAUGCCAUGGUUUCUUUUCAGAAGACAUCAAGUGUGUAAAAUGGAAUUUAAAGUUAUGUUUACAAGAUAUGAAAGUCCUAGCUGCUAUCUCCAGUUCUUAUGAAUAUAUUUCCAACUCAAGAGUUAUGGCCGGCCACAGGAAUUAUCACUUUUUACAAUUCUUGAGUUCUGUGCUCUUUUUCUUCAGCCAGAAAUUCCUCUGCCCAAAGAUAAGAAAUGUGUACCCCAGGAUCACUGCCCCGAUCUGAGGAAUUAGCUGGUGACACAUCUGUCUCCCCUUGAGCUGGGGCACUGGCCUGUGCUACUGCUGCGCCCUGGCUAGGGCCCACCUCACCCCACACAGGAGGGUCCGCAGCAAUCCUGUGACCUGGCGGAGGCCACGUCCCUGAUCGCCCCAGCCCCCUAGAUUGUGAUGAAAGGAGGCAAAUGUAACUGUUUAAAAAGAAAGGUGAAAUAACCAUUAGGAAUUUAAUUGGUCAGUUAAUACCAUUACACCCCACCACAGGACACAUGUUUUCCACUGGAAAAUAUGGCCUUGUUUUAAUUCUUUUUUGAUUAAAAUAAACUCUUAUUUUAUUUCCUCUGGGCUUAAAUUAGGUCUUUUCCUAGCAACCCUAUAUCCUAGUUCAAUACCUGUCAAAAAAUAAAAGCAAA